AAGCUAGGCGUAUCCAUGGGAAUCGCAUGGCGCCCCAGAUUUGUUUUCCAAAUCCUUUCCAGUUCCAUCUCCCAGGGGUCUUGGAUUUCGAGCCAUCUAAUCUAGCCUGUUUUCAUAAGAGUACAAGUUACCCCCACUGCUCUUGUGCCACUGACUUUCUUCCUACUUGCACGUUAAAACGCAGCGUACAUAUUACACAAAGAUGGCUGGCGAAAUGCUUCCCUGGGAACAGCCUGUACCACUACGGCCACGACGAGAAACAGAGCAGAAGCAAAAAUUGCGGUCUGCCUGUGAUUCAUGUCAUCAAUGUAAAGUCAAAUGCUCUGGGGGUUCUCCAUGCUUCCGCUGCGCAUCUAAAGGCCUCUCCUGUCGCUACGGAUAUCAAAAUAGAGCAGGGAAACCCAAGGGAUGCAAGAAUCGCAAGACCAUCGAAAGAGCCCAUCGGCAGCAGCGGAUGGAACUGUAUUCCGCUCUUAAUCAGGAGCCCAGCAACCCGAAUCAAGGAUUUGAAGAUGUGAACUUCGGCAUACCCGACCCUCUGACGGUUUUGCCCGCCUCGUAUAUAGCAUCCGAACACUGGGACGCUGCGUCUAUGGCUAAAGGACCACUCUCCCCACUAGUAACAAAUAUCAACCCAGAGCUCAAGUCUACGGGUAUGCACGAUGAUGGCCUGUCAUCCUUGCAUGAUUUAGACGGGUGGACCGUGGACCUAAGGUCGAUUAUAGAUACAUCCGGGGGAAGCAGGUCCGAAGGACCAGAAGGCCUUGCAACGCCUAUAUCUUCUAACAAAGCAGAGUCCUUCACAGACAACGGCACGGAGCCCAACUCCCCCACAACACUUGAAAAUCAAUCAUACCAUUCUUCGGCCCACGGACUACCAAGGGAUAUAUGUACAUGCGUCCAAGCCCAAGCAACAAACAUAGCGGUACUUCACAAGCUAACAAACCGUGACAUUUCCGAUCGAUUUGACUUAGCUAUGAAAUCAGUAACGUCGACGUUAGAUACCUGCGAGCAUUUCAUCGCCUGCGGCGCAUGUAAUAAGUCGUUUCCCUUGAUCUUACUCACCUUUUCGGCGAUAGAGCUUAUCUUCAAGCUGUUCGAGUCACUCGCGGUAAAUAAUAGUAGCAUACUGCCUCCCGGAGAGACUCACAUCCUUGCAUGCUGUCUCGGCGAUUACAAAGUUAGCAAGGAAGAGGGAAAGGCAAUCCAGAAUGUCCUCCUUAAAAUGGUCCUUUCAAAGGGCAAACAAACACUAGAUGCACUGCACAACCUCGUUAAUGACUUCUCAGAGGCCAAAGAGUCCAAUGAUGCAAUCUUUUUGCAACAUGAUGGCUCAAAGCUGGAGAUACCUGAUCCUGUAACCCGGAAUACCCACCGAAAAUUGUCUAUCGUGGACCGGGACUAUAUGAACCAAUGCAUCAAACGCAAAAAGGAAGAGGUAGAAGCUCUCAUGACUACAGUGGCUGUAUGA